AUGUCAUUCACAAACAAGCCCAACAUCACCAAGAAUCAUGAUGGGCAUCAACAGGUCAAAGACGAGAAAUUCAAAAGCUUUGCAUCUCUGACACAGUGGCCAUCAUACAAGACAUUAAUAAGGACAUUAGCUGACAUCAUGAUGCAGCAGAGGCACAAUGAAGAACAUUUCUGGAAAGUUCUUCCAAUCAAGAGUUCUAUCAGUGGUCAACAUGUUGCAACCAGUUCCUGGAAGGUUCUGCUGUUGUUGCUUCCUAUUGUUUUAUACAUGUUUAUUCAUGUGGCACCUCUUCAUCAUCAUCAACAUGAACACCAACUUGGAAUACUUUUUGUGUCAGCAGAAGAACCAACAUUUUCAUCAUCCAUGAGGAAUACACUCCUGCAACCAACCAUACAACCCAUGCAAACGAUACAACCUUCCAUGCAGCUUCAUCUUGAAAAGUACAUUCGAAAACAAGUUUGCUCGUCUUCGAAAAAGUCCACUGAAGAGUCAACUGCCAACAACAAUCAACCGUUGAUUUGUAUGCAGCAACAACAAGAAGAACCAAUACAACGACGUUCGUUUCACCCACCAACACUUGAUAGGAGUGGCACCUUAUCUGAACUCGUGUCAUCAUCAUCCAUGACCAAAUCUGACAGCAUUCAAGAACAACCACCAAUCACGAGUCAACACGAAACAGAACUCAUCAGCCCAACACCACUCGCUCUUCAUUCCUCUCUCGACAAUGCAGAGACUUCAAUCAUCUCUCCUUCAAGAUAUGUCUUUUACAACACGACCUAUUACUUUGGCUAUUUCACAAUUUCCUACUCGGUCUCCGGAGGGUCACCAGUUUAUUUCGGAACCGUUGCUACCAAUCAACUCUCCAGCAUGCCCAGUUCAUCCUCCUUCCGACAAAUUUCCACACUCACUUCCUACUACAAUUCCGAAUAUCGAUUGGCCGUUGGAGGUCAAGCAUCCUAUUUCGUUUGGUACAAUUAUCACUCGAGUUCGAGUGCCACUCUUCAACUCUACACCUUUACCUACAUUUACAAGAGUUAUUCCACCUCUUACUCGGUGAGCAUGACUCGUGGCGAUAUUGAAAUGUUUUACUGUUACAGUUGUGUGAGCGUUCCCAAUACUCGAUACAUUAUUUCAUUGAAAAGCACGACUGGCUCUCAACAAAAUGUCUCUGUCGGCUACACGUACGAUAAGACCCGCACACCAGAAUUUACUGCACCCACUCUCUUCAGUACGACCAAGGUGUUUUAUAUUAAUCCACUCGUGCCAUAUCCGGGAACACCUCCUCCAGUCUAUGCCUAUAUUGCGUGUUUGAGUAGUAAUGGAUGUUCGUUUGAAAUUACAUUGCGUAUGAGUGAUGAUUUACAAGACACGAUUAUUAUUGUGAUUGCUAGUGUGUUGGGAUCUCUCGUGUUGUGUACAUGUCUGAUUAUUGUGGUGAGUCUCGUGGUGUGUCGAGUCCGAAGAAACAAGCCUCCUACCAAUUCCUUAUUGGCCAAUGGAAAUACGAGCAAUAAUAACAAUACAACAACAGCUCAUAUUCCAAUGACUGAUAUGAAACCACCCAUUCCAGUUCAACAACAACCCAUCAUGGUUUCUACCAUUCCACCCAUCAAACAACCUCAAGUGAUCAUUCCACAGACAACCACGACAACACCUUCUUCUACGACAACAACAACAACUCAACCUCCUCCCCUCAAUACUACUUCAGGUCUACCUUAUUAUACCACCACAGCCAAUCCAUAUAAUACCAUGCCAAAUCCUCAACAACCUACAACCUAUUACGUUCCGACUCAACCUCCUCUAUAUUCUACUUUACCAACCUCUCAAUAUAGAACUCAAUCCUUUGUAAAUCCUCAACAACAACCACAAAUGAUGAUGGUCGGAAUGCCUCCUUCUCAACCCGUGAUGUAUCAUCAAUCUCCUCAGAUGUAUCAAACUCAACAACAACCCACACUUCCUCCUCAACAUCAGCAACAACAACCUUCAGGAGGUGUUCAAGGUUAUUCCCAUACAGGUACGAUUGGCGCUCCUUUACCAUCUUCUUCAUCUGCAAAUUUGCAUGCCAAUACCAACACAACCACUUCAACAACGAAUACAGCACAUAGUACUCUCAACACAACAACGGACACGGCAACUACAUCUUCCUCAGUCUUUAUUGAAACGUAUCGUGAAUCAGAUGCUUCCAAUAACGCGUCACUAAAGCAUCAAACUACAAGAUCUUCGAAUGCACAAGACUCGGAAGAUGAUCGUUCCUUACUGAAAGGAAGAUAUCGAGUGAUUGAAAAAGUUGGAAAGGGAACUUUUGGAGACUGUUAUCUGUGUCAUGAUAUCAAACGAAAUAAUCAAGCAGUGGCUGUAAAAUCAAUUCGUGUGGAUGACAAUGACAUGGAGAAGGUCAUUGAUGAAUGUUCCAAGACUCUCACUUUCAAACAUCCAAGAUUGGUCGAAGUGUACGAAUUAUUUAGAGCCAAAUCUCUCGAGUCGUUGUGCUUGGUCAUGAAAUUCUAUCAGAGUGACUUGGAAAAGUGUUUUAAGACUCAUGGAUUUUUCUCAGAGAAGGUCAUUGUGGAAUUGAUUCGUCAAAUUGGAGACGGUCUCGAUUAUUUACACAAUACCAAGAUGGUCUUGCAUAGAGACAUGAAACCAAAGAAUAUUUUCGUUGACAAGUUUGACCAACAAAGUCAGGAAAUUGAGGUUGUCAUUGGAGACUAUGGUGAAGCAAAGGAAAUGGGAGACACUACUAAUUCUGUUCGAGGAACCAUUAUUUACAUGUCUCCUGAAUGUCUGACAGGUCAGAAAUAUAGUUAUCCUUCUGACAUUUUCUCAACAGGAGUUUCGUUCUUCCAAUUAAUGACAGGAGAAACAUUUAGUAAUAUCGGUGUUGCAAGUCGAAUGUUGGGAGAAGCCGAAGACCAAGUUUUGAAUAGUUUGCGUGAGCAAUUAAGCAAGAAUCAACUCUAUCAUGAGCCUUUGAUUAAUUUUGUGUUGAGUAUGCUCAAGAAGGAUCCACAGAACAGACCAACUGCUGUGGACAUGAAGAAGUUUCACUUGUAA